ACCUAGACUGAGUACAUAAGACUUCCAAAAAUGUCAAAUCAUGUAGUAAGUUAUACCAUGGACGAAACAAACACACAAUCAUUUAUUGUGGGCGUUGUAAUCUUAGUUGCUGUCUUUCUAAUCAUCAAAAUAAUGACAAGAACAGCAGGGGAUACCCUUUUAAAAAUACCAGGAAGAGGAAAAGAUAAUGGUGAACCUCUGCAGAUAAUUCGUAUUACACAUGAGGUCAAGGAUGGCAAAAAUUCCCAUGGAUUAGAACUGAAAAUUGAAAACUUGGAAAAGAUCAUGUUUCAUCCAGAUGUCAAAGCAUAUCCUGUUGUGAUAAUAUCGAUUGCUGGAUCCUUUAGGAAAGGCAAAUCGUUUCUCCUAGGAUUUUUUUUGAAAUACUUGGAAUCACAGACACAGGGCGAUUGGUUGAGGAAAGAUGAUAAAAUAAAAGGAUUUGAAUGGCGCGGAGGAACAGAAAGAGUCACGUCUGGAAUACACAUCUGGAGCAAACCAUUCAUAUGUAAAAAUAAAGAUGGAGAAAAGGUUGCUGUGCUUCUAAUGGACACAAAAGGAGUCUUUGACAAUGAAUCUACUGUAAAAGAUAAUGUUAGCCUAUUUGCUCUUACCAAUUUGAUAAGCUCGGUUCAGAUCUACAAUCUGAUGCAACAGCUACAAGAGGAUGAUUUGCAUCAUUUGGAGUUUUUCACUGCAUUUGGCAAACUUGUCGCAGGGGAAUCAGAUGAAACCGAUAUCAACAAUGCAAAAUUCAUCUAUUUGAUACGAGACUGGGGAUGUCCCUACGAGUAUUCCUACGGAAAAGAUGGUGGAAACCGUUACAUUAAAAAGCAACUAGAGAUAAACUCAAAUCAACACGAGGAAUUGAAGGAACUUCGAAAAAAGCUUGGUAAAUAUUUUCCAAAUAUCGGAGGGUUUCUCUUACCUCACCCUGGUAAGGCCGUUGUGACGAAAAAAGCAUUUGAUGGAAAAGUGAAAGAUAUGGAUGAUGAUUUUGUGGAAAAUGUAAAGUCGUUCGUCGUUCAUUUACUAUCCAAGGAAAUGCUAAUAGCAAAACGGAUACACAAUAAAACACUGACCGGGGAGGACAUAGUAAAAUGCAUUAAAGCUUAUGUCGAUUUGCUGAAAAAAGGAGAGUACCCUAGCCCACAGACAGCUUUUCAGGCGACAGCGGAAGUUGGAAGAGGCGAAGCAAUCAAGAGAGCUUUUGAAUUCUAUAAAGACCAAAUGGAUAAGUUUCUUUAUUCUGGAGAACAUAUAUCCAUGAACGAUUUUGAAACUUAUCACAAAAGAUGCAGAAUCGCAGCGAGAGACAAAUUGAAAAGGACCUCUAAAUUGCUUAUAUUGGAGCAUGAAUGCGAAUGCGUGCGGAACCUUGAUAUCCUAAUCAAAGAAGAGUACAAAAAAUGGAGGAAAAUAUUGGACGAGCAAAUACAAAACUUGGUAUUACAACAGAAAGCAAGAAGAGCUGCUGCGGCCGAGGAAGAAGCAAACAGUUCACUUUCAAAGCUAAAAUCAGUAGGCACUGGUAUCGGAAUCGGAAUCGGGACAGCGGCUAUAACUUUCUUUCAAGUUAACAAAUAUUUAAAAAAGAAAACAUAAAUUCUAAUGGCAGCAAUGACUGCAUCAUGUUUUGUUUUGUGCUAAUUCAGUUUUGGCAAAGUUUGAUGUUGAUAUUAGUCUUUAAUGAAGCAUGUAAAUGUGACAUAUUAAUAUAAACAUGUUAACUGUAAAAAUCAAUGACAAAUUGUAAGGGGUGUAUUUUGUCUGACGGAGUUUUUAUAUCUCUUGUUGUAUUUGUUGGACGAGGGACAAAUAAAUUUUACUAGACACGAUUUGGUUUGAAGAACAGAUAAGAACAUAUUAGUUUCUCCUGUCCAGAAAUGGAUGACCCUUGGUUACAAUUUUUAUUAUUGUUUUCCCAUUAAAUUACUCGAUCAAAAAAUCUAGUUUUCCAAUUCUUUUUCAGAUUCAAGUAUUUUUGAUGACGAUAGAAGAUAAGCUUUUGAAGUUACAUUUUGCAUAAGUCAAUUGAUAUUAACUUUUGUUUGUAAGGUUUCCUAUUU